AGACAAAGAUGAUGAAUGGUGUUGCGUUGUUCCUUGUUUUAACUUCAUUAGUCAGCGCCGGAGUUUGGUCUCCGAGUCCAGAUCAACAGAACCCAAAGAAGCAAGGAGAGGAAGUCAUUGUGAAAGACGGGCACAGAUUGGUUGUCAUCGAGUAUGAAGAUCAGCAAGGCCACCACCCCAACACCAAGGUCUCAAUCUCGCCGGAAAACGACGGACAUCGUAAGGGGAGCUCAGCUAUUGCUAACAACGAGGUUUUGACACCCUCCAAGGCCUCUGCGUCAGUUCAUCCAAAUCGGCAGGGACAAGGCCAAGGCCUUUCGUAUACAAAGAAGGACGAAGAUCGUCACCACUAUAGUAGCCCAAAAGAGCUGAUCUGUGAUGCGUAUGGGAAAUGUAAGCACAAGAUUGCGAGUGUGUUGGAGUCCAGAACUGCACAUGAAGUCACAGAGACCGCACGGAAGAUCGCAGACAUUAACAAGGAUAUUAUCAAGGGGACUGCUCAUGGAGUCAAGGAGACGGCUCAGAAGGUCGGGGAGGUGGUGGAAAAUGCCUACGACUCUGAUGCUGAGAGAGCUCACGAGGUUAGAGAGCGUGCUAAGGAGACCGCUCACAGGGACAAAGAUACAGCAGGAGAUGCCUAUGAGAAAGCUAAAGAGACGGUAUCCGAUAGAACACACGAGGUUGGAGAACGAGCCAAAGAGUCAGUGGACAAAGCAAUGGACGCAGCCAAGACUGUGAAGGAAAUGGGGAAGACCUUACGUGGAGAUGUACAGGGUAAUGUGUCCAAACUGAAAGAAGCUCCGGAACAUGUCAAGGAGACCGUGGAGGAAGCAGCUGAAAAAGCCAAAGAGACAAUGGAGCACACUGCUGAUAAGGUAAAGAGAGGGGCAGAGGAUAUAAAGGAUGCCACUGAUAAGGGUUUGAGUCGAGUGUAUAAAAAAGGAAGAGAUAUUAUCUAUGGUCUGUUAAAGUUUCCGCGGUCAUUGUUUCAAGCAGUUGAGCCUUUGUCAUCCGGGCUGAGUUUGUUUGGGUUUGCCACUGCUUAUGGCAUGUCUAUGUGGAUAACUUUGGCUUCAAGCUAUGUGUUGUCUCAUGUGCUUUCCCCACACCAGUUUGGGAUGGUGCAGAGCAAGAUUUACAAGGUUUAUUUUGUGGCAAUGGCUAGUACUGUUGGGAUGGCAUUGUUGGGACAUCUAGUGAACCGUCGGAAGUUGACAGCAAGGAAUGUCGACGCCUUACAGAACUACAAUCUUAUGCUUGCUGAAUUGAUGGUUCUGUUCAAUAUGCUCUACUUGGAGCCACGAACCACUAAGGUAAUGUUUGAGAAACUAAAGUUGGAGAAGGAAGAAGGAAGAAGGAAGAGGAAGAGAGCGUGUCGGAAACGUCUUAAUGAGACAAAUCAGAGGCUGAAGAAGCUGAAGAAGCUGAAUUCCUACUCGUCCAUCCUUAACGUCUUGACACUAAUGGCUCUUACCUGGCAUCUAGUAUUCCUUUCUAAGAAAUUGCGAAGUUCGUGCUGCUGA